AUGAACGACCUCAGUGGUCUAACAUAUGAUGAUGAAACAUACCGAUGGCUUAAAACUUUUGAAGACCUAAAGUGUUUUAUCAACAAAGCAUUAAAUAUAAAAGGCAGGUGGAAAUCUCCUGGAGGAGACGUCAAAGUUUUCAGAAGCGAUGGAGAAGGGGAAUUUGUCAUCAAAUGGCAUGGUCCUUGUUCAAAAAAGCUGAUUAUACAGAGUGACAAUGCCGAGGAAAACCUAAAGUCGAAUCUUGAAAGUCUGAUUGAUCAGGGCCCGAGCAAUGUAAACAUUUCACACGAAGCUACAGAUGUAAUUUGUCCAUCGGUGCCGGAUGUUUGUGUCAGUAUUGAUGAACUAUCUGUGUCGCAGUUUGCGAACCUGAAAGCGGAUUUUGCAAGUUUGGUAGAUAUUACAAGCAAUCUGUUAUCGAAAGUUAACUCUAUGCGAUCUAAGCAAAAAGAUUUUGAAUCCGUUAUUCGCAAGCAAGACGACGCGAUUUGUAAACUUAGCGAAGAAAAUUUAUUCCUCACGUCAAGCUUACUGUCCCUUGAGAGUUCAAUAUUCAAUGUAAUGAAUAAUAAUUAUAUGUUCAACAAUCCCAAAAACAGUAUGAAAAUUACCCUCUCUAAUGAUCCUGAGACCAUUGAUAAAGAUCAGUCAACCGACCCUAACAAAAAUACCUCCCACACCAGCGGACCAUUUUUACUGAAUGAAUCUAGUACGCUCGAUGAAUCUGUAACUAUAAUAAAAGAUCAACCUAGCGUUUCUGUAAGCGAUCAACCUAGCGUUUCGGUCAUUGAGGUUGUUGACAACCGCAAAUCAGUCGAAGCAACCAAACUAGAUAAAACUAGUAAAACCAAACCAACAAUGGACGAAACUAAUAGCAACGCCCCUGGAUCUGUUACUGAUCAUUCCAAUCGAGCGCCAUCCAAAUACUCAAAACAUUUAACCCCUUGUCCAUUCCUGAAGAAAAGAGGGUUCUGUAAAAAAG